UUUUCUGAGAUGAAGUGUCACAGAUUGACCUGCAAUGAGGCACCAAUGCAGGAUUCAGAGAGAGAUCAAGAGGGAGGCCCAAAAGAAGAUAAUGGAGAGACCCCAGUCAGUGAUGAUGUUGAAGUGCCUGGACCAUCGGUUGAGAAUGCAGUAAAACCAGUAGUGAUUGACUUGGAGGAGUGUGAUUACAAUGAAACAGACAAUGAUGGGAAACUUAUUAAAGAGCCAGCUCGAGCGGCUAAAGUUUUUAAAGAGAAUCUUCUAAGGGAGCAUGCCAAUGGGGAAACACUUAAGAUGAAGAUGGAUGUUCGAGACUCAGAAGAGGAGCGGGAACAACAGCUUCUGUCAUUCUACAAGCAGCAGCAGAAGUGGGCAUGUCCACUCAACUGUACUCUUGCUGGUGAUGCUGCUGUUGGAGAGAGAGUGAUGAGGUUCUUCAUGACAACAAUAAUAUCCAAACUCCAGUUUGGAUUCAGUCUAGGGCUUGGAGGAAUAGGCCGAACACUAUUAUUUGAGGGAGAACCUGACCAUCUUGUACCAGCAGCAUCAGAGGCACUCAUUGAAAGCAACCUCUUCAGGGUUGCAGGUAGGAUGUUGGCCCACAGCUUUCUGCAUGAUGGCCCCCUUGUCACAGGGUUAAGUCCUGCUGUGAUUCAUGUGCUUUUCAAUGGAGACCCCGAAGUGGCAACGGUUGUUAUUGAAGACUGCCCUGAUCUACACAUCAGGAAUAUCAUAAAACUGAUAAGCAUACAAAUUGACAUGCUUUUUUUGUGGAAAUAACGUUUAAGCAUGGAUUCUAGCUUGAUAAAGAAGAACUUACACCUGAAGAGAAGGACACUAUUUCAGCUCUCUGCAUGUCCUGGGACCUCCCAGCAGUCACAAGAACAAACAGGAGAUGGCUGCAAAACAAACUUCUCCUCCAUGCAGUCAUUGGUAGGAUUACACGGCAGAUAAAACAACUGAGAAAGGGCCUUAAAGACGUAAUGCUCUGGCCGCUUCUCUCCUCAAGGCCAGAUGUGGUCCAACUGAUGUUCCCCAGAAUGUCCGAAAUUGAGUUCACACCCCAGAUAAUCCUACAGAAAAUCACUUGGCCUGUGGAGGAGGACAGUGAUGAGGACUUUGACCUGGAGAGCACGUGCCGAAUCACAGGGUUCCUGAGAACGUUCGUGGAAGCUGCUUCAUCAGGUACCCUGUCUCAAUUGGUGAGGCUCUGGGUUGGUUGGGAGAGGCUUCCUGCUGAAUUAAGGGUGGAGAUUUCAGGCGGGAUCCUUCCCACCUCUGCCACCUGCUUCGAAACA